CUGAGAAGAGUCGAAUUUGAGAUGGCCCGUACCAAGCAGACCGCCCGUAAAUCCACCGGAGGGAAAGCUCCCCGCAAGCAGUUGGCUACCAAGGCAGCCAGGAAAAGCGCCCCAGCCACCGGCGGCGUCAAGAAGCCUCACAGAUACCGGCCCGGCACAGUCGCUCUCCGGGAGAUCCGCCGCUACCAGAAAUCCACCGAGCUGCUCAUCCGCAAGCUGCCUUUCCAGCGCCUGGUCCGGGAGAUCGCUCAGGACUUCAAGACCGACCUGCGCUUCCAGAGCUCAGCCGUCAUGGCUCUGCAGGAGGCCAGCGAGGCUUAUCUGGUCGGUCUCUUUGAGGACACCAACCUGUGCGCCAUCCACGCCAAGAGGGUCACCAUCAUGCCCAAGGACAUCCAGCUGGCCCGCAGGAUCCGAGGCGAGAGGGCUUAGAUCCAACCCGCAGAACCUUCCUCCCCAACAGCACAAAGCUCAGCUUUCAGACUAUCGGUCGACUCGCGCAGGAGAGAUUUGAUGUCCUCUUUCGUUGGUAGAGCUCUUAGGAUCGGGUCAGCUUUAGUGUCUAUAAGUUUGUGGAGCUCGUCUACUCUGCUGCCAUUCAGCUACAUGGAACUGGGUCGGACUGGGCUGCCUGACCCGAUCCCCACAGGGCGCUCCACCGACCCUCCGGCCUCCCUCGGACGCUCUGCUGAACCCGCCGCUGCCAAGAAGAAGCAGCCCAAGAAGGGAGGCGCUAAAGCCAAGAAACCCGCCGGGCCCAGCGCGGCCGAACUGAUCGUGAAAGCCGUGUCCGCCUCUAAGGAGCGCAGCGGGGUGUCCCUGGCCGCUCUCAAGAAGGCUCUGGCUGCCGGAGGCUACGAUGUGGAGAGGAACAACAGCCGCCUCAAGCUGGCUCUCAAGGCCUUGGUCACUAAGGGGACUCUCACCCAAGUCAAGGGGAGCGGAGCCUCCGGAUCCUUCAAGCUGAACAAGAAGCCGCUGGAGAGUAAGGAGAAGGCGGCCAAGAAGAAGCCAGCGGCGCCCAAAGCCAAGAAACCAGCGGCGGCAAAGAAGGCGCCCAAGUCCCCUAAAAAGCCCAAGAAGGUCUCGGCAGCAGCAAAGAGCCCCAAGAAGGUGAAGAAACCGGCAAAGGCCGCCAAAAGCCCCAAGAAGCCCAAAGCGGCCAAACCCAAGAAGGUGGCCAAGAGCCCGGCUAAAAAGGAAGAGAUGGCCCGUACCAAGCAGACCGCCCGUAAAUCCACCGGAGGGAAAGCUCCCCGCAAGCAGUUGGCUACCAAGGCAGCCAGGAAAAGCGCCCCAGCCACCGGCGGCGUCAAGAAGCCUCACAGAUACCGGCCCGGCACAGUCGCUCUCCGGGAGAUCCGCCGCUACCAGAAAUCCACCGAGCUGCUCAUCCGCAAGCUGCCUUUCCAGCGCCUGGUCCGGGAGAUCGCUCAGGACUUCAAGACCGACCUGCGCUUCCAGAGCUCAGCCGUCAUGGCUCUGCAGGAGGCCAGCGAGGCUUAUCUGGUCGGUCUCUUUGAGGACACCAACCUGUGCGCCAUCCACGCCAAGAGGGUCACCAUCAUGCCCAAGGACAUCCAGCUGGCCCGCAGGAUCCGAGGCGAGAGGGCUUAGAUCCAACCCGCAGAACCUUCCUCCCCAACAGCACAAAGGCUCUUUUCAGAGCCACCAAA